AUGAGUACAGAUGAGAAUAGCUCCGUGCCCUCGGAUGGAGAGAGCAUUUCAUCGACAUCCAGGAGCCAAACUUCAAUGAAUUCUUCUUUUCGCAGCUCCUUUGCUUCUGAAUCUGAAGCUAUGGAACAAGGAGAGUACGCAGAUGAUGCUAAUAAUGAUCCAGAGUUCAAGAAAAUGUUCGAUGCUACGAAAGAAGAGUAUAAGAAAGCAAAGGCGCAAUCUUUAGCAAUACAGACAAAAUUCAUGUCCAUUUUUAAGGGCGAUUAUAACACACCAAAUAUUAAUGACUCGUCAACAAGAUACCAGGAAGCCUUAUCUCAAUUUGAACAAAAGAUGGCUGAACAUGAACAAACAAAAUCUCAAUAUAAUACUGAAUUACAAGCAAUCCAAGAGAAAGCCGAACAGGCUGAUAAGCAUCGCUUAGAAAGAGAAAAGGAGUUCCAUGAAAUACGUGAACAAGCUUGCAAGAACGCAAUCAAACAAAGAACAAAUAAACCACUUACAGCAGUUGAAAUCAAUACAAAGGAAGGAAAACUCGUUAAAGCAGAACGUGAUCUUGAGAAUGCAAGAAUUCAAUUCAUUCUUACAAAAAGCAAAUACAGGCAAACAGAAGAAGAACUUGAUCAACAAGAUCAGCUUUCAGAAGGUCUCCAUCUUAUUGAUUUCGAGCAGCUCAAGAUUGAAAACCAAUCCCUUAACGAGAAAAAGGCAGAAAAACUUCAAGAUCUCGAGAAGAUUAGAAAGAAAAUCGUUGAUAACGCGCAUAUUUUAACUCACGUUAAAGAGAAAUUACACUUUGUAUCGAGACAAAAAGAAGGAUUAAUUACAAUGCAAAAGAAGAUAGACACAGACUACACAGAAGCUCGUGCCAAGCUUGCAACAGCUAGAAUUCACAGAGAUAAGGUCAGAGAUGAUAACUCUAACCUUAAGAAGUCUAGCGGCCUUAUCGGUAUGACUGAUUUGCUUUACGACUUCGAAAACCGUUCAAACGAACUCGAAUUAAUGAAGGAUAAGGUAACUGAAUUACAACAGAAGUGGAGAGAUCUUGUAGCAAUGCAGCACGAGUUAGAAGCCAAGAUUGCUCAGCAUCCACCACUCGAUCCAACAUUGCUCAGGAUGAACAGAUAA